GGAGCGGAAGUGCCUGGAACGCCAGUUGUAGCAACUUGCUGUAGCAGUUCUUUUGCAGAAGCUGCGAGUUUCAACCACAGGGGCGAUGACGAGCCACAGUGAGCAUGUCUUGCAACAGCUGUGCUCACAGCUGGAAUACGGUUUCCUGUGCGACUGCUCCAUUGCAGUGGGAGAUGUGCGUUUCCGGGCCCACCGCGUGGUGCUGGCGGCCUGCAGCUCCUACUUCCACAAGCUCUUUGUCAACCAGCCAGCGGACUCGUGCCUGGUGUCCCUCAGCUCCCAGGCUGUCAGCCCUGAUCACUUUGACCUGAUCCUGCAGCUGAUGUACACGGGCCACCUGGACUCGUCACCCGCAGACCUGGAGCGUUUCCGGGCCUCGCUGCGCUUCCUCAAGCUCUACAACGCCAGCCGAUUCCAACCCACGGUGGGGGAGAGGGAGUGCGAGGGAGACGGGCCUACCCACCAGGCCUCGGGCAAACCACUGGUGUUCGGGGUGCAGCUGUACCAGGACAAGGCGGUGGGACAGUCUCAGGCCCCGGCGACGAUCGACAGGCCCGUCUCGGUGAAGGCCGAGCUGCCCGACGAGGCUGCGGACCCUCAGGCCUACCUGUGCCACCAUUGCGGCCUGGCCUUUGAGGAGCAGGCCGGCCUGAGGGAGCACCUGGUGCUCCACGCCGAGAGGCCUCUGCACUGCCCCCUGUGUGGCUUGGCCUUCGAGCAGGCCCCGGACCUGCAGGAGCACAUGUGCAAGUGUGUGAGACAGGGACGGCUGGUCAAGCGAGAGGAGGAGGAGGAGAGGCCUAGCAGAGUGCUAGGCCCGAAGCCCAAGGUUGAGGAAGGCCCAGCGGUGGGGGAGAGCGCCGAAGAUCUGAGAGGCCUCAGGCCUUGGGGCCUGGAGGCAGGAGGGCCGGUGCAGCCGGAGGCCGAGGGCUCAGUUGGCCGCAGGGCCUGGGGAGAGGCUGAGGACUAUGUGCUGGAGGAGGGCGAGGUGCGUUUCCCUGGAGACGAUGACCUGGUGCUGGAAAACGCGACGGACGACUCGAUCAGCAGCUCGGAGAGCAGCGCGGAAGGCGAGGGCGAGGGCGAGGUCUCGGAGGGGAGCGACGAGGAGGCGAGAGCCGCAGCGGAGUCCUCCACUGUCGAUGCCCCCCCGGACCCUCUACUCUCCGUCCCCCCCCUCUCCUCCCCCUCCUCCGCCCCGGUGCCAGAGCCCCCCGUCCUGACGCCAGCCGAGGGCCGCCACGCCUGCCAGGCUGCUCGCCGCAAGGGCAAGGCCUGGCGCUGCCGGACGUGCGAGGGGUGCUGUGAGGAGCGGGGCUGGGACCGCAAGAAGCGGCGGCGCAGGAGGAGAGAGGAGGAGGAGGGGACGGCAGCCUCAUCUUCCCAGACCGCCCCGUCCUCCCGCACCCCCCACUGCCAGGGGCCCCUCCCCAAGCACGCACGUGGCCCCGCGGAGGGCGGCCUGAGCACCCGGCUGGCCGGCCCGGCCUAUGCCAAGGCCUUCCCACGAGAGCUGCGCUUACAGCUGGCAGGCCGGAGUGGGGACGCCCGCUUUAAAUGCUCGGUGUGCGGGCACCACAGCAGCAGGAAGUACGGGCACCUGGUCCACAUGGACACACACCUCUCGGCUGGCCAGGCCGUCUGCCAGGUGUGCUACGAGAUCCUGCCGGGCAAGGCCGAACUGCAGAGGCACCUGGAGAGCCACAUGUACCCGUGCGGGGUGUGUGGGGAGAAGUUCAGGCUGAAGAAGGACAUGGUUGCCCACGCCAUCAACUGCUGGUCCAGGAAGCUGCACGGCACUGAGCCAGGCCGGGCCGGGGCCAAGCCCAAGCCCAAGAACUGACCCAACCCAACUCCUGGGCCAGGGGAGGCUGCAGGUCGUGGAUGGGUGACCUUCAGGUCGAGACCCAUCUUCAAACUGAGUGUAGGUGGGGAGGGGAGAAGAUACCUGGAAGAGUGCAGAGGCCGAACAAAGUGUGGCCGGUGAUAGGUGAGGGGGGGGGGGGAGGGUGAUGGUAGGAAGAUAGUUAGAUCAAAGGACAAAGAUUAAAACAAAGGGUGAGAGACCGAAGGAUUGAAGAGCCCCCCCCCAUCUACAAUCAGUCUAAAGAAGGGUCCUGACCCAAAACGUCACCUAUCCUAGUGUCAGGCAGCAUCUUUGGAGGGAAUGGCAUGGGUGACAUUUCUUUAUACAUUCACAAGGUAUUUGUAAUGUAUAUUACAUAUACAUCACAGUAUUCAAGCUGUGUCUGCAUUAAAUUGCAUACAAAAAAAGGACAGAGUGCUGGAGUAACUCAGCGGGUCAGGCAGCAUCUCUGGAGAAGAUUCAGAUUCAGAACAUGGAUAGGUGGCGUUUCACAGAAUGCUGGAGUAACUCAGUGGGUCAGGCAGCAUCUGUGAAGAACAUGGAUAGGUGACGUUUCGGGUAGGGACCCUUCCUCAGACCUCAUCUCUGGUCAGGACUCUUCUUCAGAUUGUCAAUGUAAAUUGUUCAUGUCUAUUUGCCCUUAAGGUGGGAAGAUGCCUUCUUGAACCAAAGACAAAGUGCUGGAGGAACUCAGCAUCUGUGGAGGGAAAUGGACAGGUGAUGUUUCAGCUUGGGGCCCUUCAUUGGGUUGAAAGUCGGGUAUGCAUUCCCUCCACAGAUGCUGCCUGACCAGCUGUGUUCCUCCAGCUCUUUGUGUUUUACUCAAGAUUCCAGCGUUUGCAGUUUUAAAAGAAACUCCAGAGAUGCUGCUUGACCCGCUGAGUUCCUCCAGUGCUCAUAUUUAUUGUGUUAAUUGGACUACCGCUACCAGUCGGGAAUUGAAACCUGGCUGUUAGUAAAUGAUGUGGUAUCUGGCUCGCUGUUAGUCAGGGGUUCGAGUGUGCCUCAGAUGGGGGAGCAGGGCUUACAGAUGCAGUCGGAUUUGGAAAUGCCAAGUGGGCUGGAAAGUGGAUAGGUUUGUUGCCAAGAGUCUUGGCUUAUUGUGACAAGUUGAAAUAAUUCAAGAUUAAACUCACCGGGAACCUGUAAACCCACUGGAUUCACUGGAAAAUAUAUUGUACUACUGUGUAACGUAAAACAAAAUGUGAAAAGUGUGCUGGGAUAUUAAAGAUAGGCGCAAAGUGCUGGAGUUACAGCGGAUCGGGCAACAUCUCUGGUAAAAAAUGGACAGGUGAAGUUUUGGGUCGAGACCCAUCUUCAGAUCAUGACCUGAAACAUUACUCGCCCAUCCAUUUCCUCCAGAGGAGAUGCCUGACCCGCUGGGUUACCGCAACAUUUUGCGUCCAUCUUUGGUAUAAACCAGCAUCUGCAGUUCCUUUUUAAUAAUAUGAGUUGGAGUAUUAAUGGAAGUAACAUUCAGUAAACCUGGACAAUCUUCAAGUCCGGUGCCAAUAAAGUCCUGAGAUUGCCAG